CUCGCUUUUCUUCGGUCGUUCAUUUUGACCACUUGGCUAAGGUAUAUAGGGUCGGCCUACUGAGAUCCUCACGCCUUCUCCAUCCUCUCCUCAAUCACCAGCAAGCAUCGAACACAUACUUCAUCGUAGAUAUAGACAUUCCUGCCCAACAUGACUACCCCAGCCAAGUACGCAGACGCCAAGAUGGUGUUCCUCACCGACUUUGACGGCACCAUCACCCAACUCGACAGCAAUGACCACAUGGUCGACACUGUCGGAAUGGGCUACACUGAGCGUCGUAAGAUCAACGAGGAGAUCAUCCACGAGCGCGUCUCUUACAAAGAGGGCUUCAGAAAGAUGGUGGAGAGCGUGCACCGCCCCUUCAAGGAGAUGGAGGAGCUUGUCAGGCGAGAUGUCACCCUUGACCCCAAAUUCAAGGACUUCCACACUUUCUGCAAGAAGCACGACAUUCCCAUCGUCGUCGUCUCUUCGGGCAUGACCCCCAUCAUCCGUAGCAUCUUCAGCAACCUGAUCGGAGAAGAGGAGGCGAACAAAAUCGAUGUCAUCUCCAACGAGGUCAACUUCACUGAUCCGGAGAAGGAGGGAAAGACUUGGGAGCUGGUCUACCGUCACCCAGACAGCCACUUUGGACACGACAAGAGCCUGAGCAUCUUGCCCUACCGCGAGCUGCCCAACCCUCCCCUCCUCUUCUUUGCCGGUGACGGAAUCUCCGACAUGUCCGCGGCACGUCACGCCGAUGUGCUCUUCGUUAAGGACAAGAAGGACAAUGACCUGAAGACUUACGUCGACAAGUACAAAAUCCCUUACACUCUCUUCAAGGACUUCAGCGUCGUUCAAGACCUCGUCGAGAAGAUUGUCAGCGGAGAGACUCCUAUCGACAGCUUGCGCAAGGCCAAGGACGCCAGUGCCAACGCUCCAUGAAGGAAUACUGUCGUGCAUUAGCCACCACGGCUGGCCAAGUCCCGUCAACUUUCAGCAAGCACGGAAUCCUCAUAAUAGAACACCCUUGGGUUUAUUUCCGAAGAAGCGUUAGCGCUGCGUCGUGCGUUUCACGAAUCUGCGAUGCCGAUCAUGUGGCAGUAGCCAGGGGAAAGAGCAUAAAAGACGAGGAAGUAUGAUACAUGGUACAGCUGGAUGGAGAGGCGAAGGGAUACUGACAAGUGGACAAGGCGCGCGUUUUCGCCUCGCUCCGAAAAUGCAAAUGUGGACCGGGCGUGGGAGGAAGGUGGACUGC